AUGGCCUCUCCCAUUGUCUUCGUUUGCGGCGCAACAGGCACCCAAGGCGGUGCUCUUACCACCCACCUUCUACAACAAAACAUCCAAGUCCACGCCAUCACUCGCAACAUCCAAUCGGAAGCUGCUCAAAAGAUCAGUAACCGCGGCGUAUCUCUGAUUGAGGGUGAUUUCGACAAUGAAGAAACUCUACGAAAGGCCAUGACCAACUGCACCAGCAUUUUUCUCAAUCUAUCCCCGAAUCAUCUAAACCCAUCGGCCGAACUCGACCAAGCAAAGAACAUCAUAUCCAUCGCAAAAGAGAUCGGCAUCAAUCAAAUCAUCUACACUGGUGCAAUGGGCACCGUCAAUCCCGAACGCUUACCUCGCUGGGAUCCCACAAACCUUGCUGCGAAUGUCCUUCUCGGCAAACAAUCCAUCGAGAAGGAAGUUCGCAACGCUGGAUUCGAGCACUGGACAAUCCUACGACCGGGAAAUUUCAUGUCGAACUUCUUGAACCCCCUCGUUCGAAUGUAUCAGGGUUUUGUUGAGACUGGAAAAUUCACAACGGCUUUUACCCCCGAGACGAUCCUUCCUAUGGUUGAUCCUUACGAUAUCGGAAGAUUUGCUGCUGCGGCAGUAUGCGAUCCGAUCCGAUUCCAUGGGAAGGAGGUCGAGAUCGCGUCGCAAAUGAUGGGGGCAGAGGCCAUCAUUAAGGAUAUUGCCCAGGCCACUGGGCGAGACAUGGAGGUUGUCUUUUUGUCUGAUGAGGAAGUGAAGGGAAAGAUGGCAACGGAUCCUUUUCUGGGACCUCAGUUGCUUUUGCGCGACAUGGCUAUUUUCGUUGAUUUUCAGAAGGUGAAAGGAUGGAAUAUUGAAUUGAGUACCUUUGCGGAGUUUUUGAAGCGGGAGAAGAAGCGGGUUGAAGAGGCUUAUCUUUGA